AUGAGCUGGCCGUCGUUCUCGUCGAGCUCGUCUGGCGCGAUGAUGCUGCUAGCGCGGGCCAACAACGCCGUCGACGACGAGGAAGAGGAAGAAGGAGCGAUUGAGAACGAGAAUUGCUCAUCAUUUCCUCCAGCGCUGCCCGUCCACACCCACCGCCAACACGACCAGCAGCAUCCGUGGGCGAGUACACGCGGUGACUCUACGCGUCCAUCAGAAUAUUCGCUAUCCAGACACAAUAGCACCAGCAGCGGUAGCAGUGGUUUGCCGCCCUCUCUCCGCGGUCCACCAACGGCGCCCUCGCUCUUCUCUUCCUCUCAACCACUACAGCUUGAAAUUCCCGCAUGGCCACCGCCGCCUGAGGAGCCACGAAAACGCAAUUGGUUUGCAGUCUACGAUCCAAAUCUCGACCCGAAACGCUCUCGCGGAAAGGAAAUCAUCUUCCGAUACGAUGGCCGUGUCGAACCUGGCCAGCGAGAGCUCGAGAUUCGAGAUCCUCGCCUCGUCGCAAAAAAGGCUGGGAAAGACCUCACAGGAAGAGGCAUGAAGAAAUGGCGAGAGCUGUUUUAUACAUUGGAAUGGGAGUACGACAACAACUCGGUCGGACCCGCUCCGCCCACUUCGAUCCUCGUCAGCGGCCUCUCGCCGCUGACACCAUACCCCCACGUUCGUCGUCAUUUCAGCCAGCAUGCACCCAUCGUCGCAUUUGAAACGAAAGCUGAUUACUCGAGUGGUGCCCCCCUGGGGAUUGUGUUUAUCCGUUACGAUUCUCAUGAGACAGCAAAAAUGAUUGCACAGCGAGAGAAUGGGCAGAGGAUCGGAGUUGGAACCGAGGGCCUCGUCGUGACAGUCGAGCUGGACAAUGGCGAAAAGUGUAAGGAGCUCGUUGACCGAGAAAUUGCGGCCAGGCGGCGACGGGCCACGUCUGCGCAUGGACCAAACGGAGAUGAUGCUAAACGCGCCGGAUCGACAGGCACGCCAUUGAACGCGUCAGAAACGACGCCACAGCCGUCCCAACAACCCGCGGCUCCGGUGAAUCCAGCGCAUCCUUUCCUCCCAGCACGCCCCCCGCCUGCUGCCAUCCAGCAGGCAUUACCGCCGCAUAGUACAAGAAAGAUUGGUCAAGUCUCCUCUAGCUCGAGGGGUGCUAGCGUUUUGCUGGGAUCUCGUAUGGCUUCUACUCCCCCACCUUCGACGCCGCUGCCACAGCCGCCUUCGUCCAAAUCGGGCCUCUUGAAGCUCAGUGAUACCCACAAUGCGCAUAUUCGGACUCCGACACCUCCACCACCUACGACCGCUCCUCCUCCUGUCCCUUCUGCGCCACCACCAUCCUUUUCGAUGCCUCCGAGCUCGGCGCUAUUGUCUGCACGGGUCAAUGCGCCUGCACCACCCCCACCUUCCGAACCCCCGCCACCCUUGCCAAAGCCUCAAGACGAAGAAGAUAAAGAAGCAGCUCACGAGGCAUUGAUCCUAGUUCUCCAGAAGAAUGGAAAGGAGCACAUUCGCCUUGACGGCCUUCCUACAGGGCGAGGUGUCUUGGAUCGAAGUGGCAUGAUUGGUCUGCGAGAAAAGGAUGUGAUGGAGUUUUUCGAUGGCUUUGACCCCGACGAUGUUGUACACGACCACACUGGGUGGUAUGUUACCUUCCGAGACGCUUCUGCAGCACGGCGAGCCACGCUCAUUCUGGAUGGACGACCACUCAACCGUUACACUGUGAAGAUGAAUGUGUGCAACCCUCCGCACAAGGUUGUCGCUAAACCGAAAAAGUACAACGAGGCGGCGCUCGUCAAGGAAGUGCGAGAGAUGAUCGUCAAAGAGCUCAGGGCCCAAGCGGAAAGAGACGUCCGGGAGCGUGUCGUCGUCGAGCGCGUGCGAAUGCUCAUCGUCGAAGAGAGGAGUCGUCGCGAGAUUGAAAGUGCUGCCGGGGCCAACGCUGUUGCGAACAUAGACGAGGGAGGCAUGUCUCAAGAGCAACAGGAGAGGGAGGAUGCCAUGAUGGGUCUCAACGUCCUCAAGCGUAUCAAUGGACUCAAGGGCCUCUCCUUCAAACGGAAGAUGCAACAAGAAAGCAAACCAUCUCCGCUACGCCUCUCAAUGUCUCCAAACCAGAGAAGGCUAGGACCCUGUCCGAGUUCCCAAGCACAAGGCCCAUUCUCCGAACAGGACAUGGCCCUGUCGCUAGGGAUUAUCCUCGAUGACGAUCUUGCGGACAACGAUUUUCUGCCACCUGGAUCCUCGAGCAAGAAGCGCAAACCAAAAACGACGAAGGCAUCCAAAGCCAAAAAGGAGAAAUCGAGGAAGGAAGGACACGACGUUAUGGAUGGCAUAUCAACAUUGGUGGACGAUACUCCAUACAAGGUUCAAAUUCCUUCCUUUGAUAUUACAUCGCCUAUCCAACUCACUGUUCCUCAAUGGAGCUCUCCCUCUAAACCGCGGGUACAGCCUCUCCAGGGUGUGGCCGAGGCGGAGAAUGACUUGUCGUCUCGCCUAGCAAACAUGGAUCUCAACCUCGGAGACGAUGACGAAGACACGUACUUUGCAAAGAUUGUCUUAAUGCGAUACCUUGGUCAGGACCCCGACCAUGGCUUUGACCUAUCCGAUCCUGACCUAAAGGUCGCCUUUCCUCCACCACCUGCGCCGCCGAAAAAAGUUACUGUGUGGCGUGGGCAUACGUCUGGAUCGGCUCGCUCAGAGGGAUAUUACAAGAUUCCCAGUGCAGCAAAGGUAUCCUACGUUGAGCAAUAUGUCCACCGCGCGAAACGAACGGCUAGCGGUCCAGGAGGAAGCGGGCCAGGCGGGGCGGCGAACAAUGAGCCCAACAAGAUUACGGUCAACCAAGCAGCACUCAAGAAUGCCGUAUCAUCCCGCUCGAACCGGGCGAAUACACGGAGGAUGGCCCAGGGGCUUGAACAAAAGAAUAUGCUCCGACAAGCGCUGGCAAAUUCUCUUGCUGAAGCGAAUCCAGGCCAGCAAAACACCGUUGAUGCCGGCGCUGGCGGAGCGGGUGGUCAUGUCAGUGGUCAUGAUACACUUGCUGCUGCCCCCGAAGUUACGAUUAAAUUUAAUCAACUCCAGUCGCGAAAGAAGCAACUUCAAUUUGCCAGGAGCCCGAUUCACGAUUGGGGUCUGUAUGCGCUCGAGCGGAUUCCCAAGGGGGAGAUGGUCAUCGAGUACGUCGGUGAGGUCAUUCGACAGCAGGUUGCAGAGAAGAGGGAACGCGCGUAUGAGAGGAGUGGGAUUGGAAGCAGUUAUUUAUUUAGGAUCGACGAUGACUUGGUGGUCGAUGCCACGAAGAUCGGAAACCUUGGGCGUCUCAUCAACCACUCAUGUGAUCCAAAUUGCACGGCCAAGAUUAUCACGAUUGGCGGCCAGAAAAAGAUUGUUAUUUACGCAAAGGUGGACAUUCAUCCUGGUGACGAAGUUACGUAUGACUAUCACUUUCCAAUCGAAAACGAAAAGAUUCCGUGUCUCUGUGGAGCUGCCAAAUGUCGUGGUUUCCUCAACUAG